UUCCCUGCAGAGGACUCAGGCAAGUUCCUGCCGGCACAGGCCAGGGUAGCACACUUCUAUGGACAGAACAAGCUUUUGUUACUAACAUAAGGAAUUGAGAGGAAACUGUGCUCUGUGGUUUUACACAUUUGAUAACGUUAGAGAAAUUGGACUCAGGUCAUUGAAAUGAAAGCCCUCAUCUUUACAGCUGCUGGACUACUUCUUCUGUCACCCAUGUUUUGUGGAAGUGGCCAGAAAAAUGUUUCAGACAACUUGGUAAAACCAACCCUAACUAUUAAGACCUUUCAUGGAUUUCCCCCAAAUUCUUUUGAAGAUAUCCCCCCCUCUGCCAUAGAAGGCUGGACAGGAGCCACCACAACUAUAAAAAGGAAGUGCCCUGAUGAAACUGCUUCAACUCUCCAUGUGAAUAAUGUGACCAUGGGGUACCUGCGAAGUUCCUUAAGUACCAAGCUGAUACCUGCCAUCUAUAUCCUGGUAUUUGUGAUUGGUGUGCCAGCCAAUGUUGUGACCCUGUGGAAUAUCUUCUUUGUGACCAGAUCCACUCGUUUGACUAUCUUCUACACCAACUUGGCCAUAGCAGAUCUUCUUUUUUUAAUGACACUGCCAUUUAAGAUAGCUUACCAUUUCAAUGGGAACAACUGGGUAUUUGGAGAAGUCAUGUGCCGGGCCAUCACAGUCAUCUUUUAUGGUAACAUAUAUUGUUCCAUUCUGCUCCUUGCCUGCAUGAGCCUUAACCGAUACCUGGCCAUUGUCCAUCCUUUCAUAUACCAAAGACUGCCCAAGCGCACCUAUUUUUUGCUAGCAUGUGGACUGGUGUGGAUAACGGUUUUCUUAUAUAUGCUGCCAUUUUUCAUUAUGAAGCAGAAAUAUUAUCUUCCCCAGCUGGAUAUCACCACCUGCCAUGAUGUCUACAACACAUGUGAGAAGUCUUCACCUCUCUUCCAGUUCUACUACUUUAUCUCCUUAGCUUUUUUUGGAUUCUUAAUUCCAUUUGUGGUUAUAAUCUACUGCUAUACAAACAUCAUCCACAAACUUGGAACAUAUGAUCAUAGAUGGUUGAGUUAUAUCAAGGCAAGUCUCCUUAUCCUUGUGAUUUUUACCAUUUGCUUUGCUCCAAGCAAUAUUAUACUCAUCAUCCACCAUGCGACCUACUACUACAACACUACUGAUGGCUUAUAUGGUGCCUAUCUCAUAGCUCUAUGCCUGAGUAGCCUAAAUAGUUGCCUAGAUCCAUUCCUUUAUUUUCUCAUGUCAAAAAUUGUAGAUCACUGCACUUCUUAAGAGUUGUGAGAUCAUUUUAAGAUCAUGGAAAGCUAUCUGUGAAAAUACACAUAGUUAGGACAACAUAUGCAAAGUGUAAGGAGCUCUAUUCUCUAGCUCCACUUUUUUACCUUCUAAGAAAUAAUGCUUCAAAUAUCAAAUGUUACAAAAGUACUAAUAAUUGGGGCUGGGGCUGUGGCUCAGUGGUAGAGCACUUGCCUAGCAUGUGGGAGGCACUAGGUUCAAUCCUCAGCACCACAUAAAAACAAAUGAUUGCUUUCAGGAAUAUUAUACAGCAUUUGAUUGAGUUGGAACUAUUUAAGGUACGGAGCAAAUGUGGUGAUGUACAACUCUUCCUAACACAGGUGUCUUAGAAGUACAAGAUAAGCUUAUUUCUAGGUUCUUGUGUGUUUGAAAAAUAAAAUUGCAAUUUGACACA